AUGGCCUUCGCUAGUGUCCUCAAGGAAGCCGAGGUGAAAGCAGCUCUGGAUGGCUGCUCAGCUGCUGACUCCUUUGACUACAAGACCUUCUUCAAGGCAUGCGGUCUGGCCGGCAAGACCGCUGAAGAUGUCAAGAAGGCCUUCGCAAUCAUUGACCAGGACAACAGCGGCUUCAUUGAGGAGGAGGAGCUGAAGCUGUUCCUGCAGAACUUCUCUGCUGGUGCCAGAGCACUCACCGACAAGGAGACCAAGGCUUUCCUUGCCGCUGGUGACAGUGAUGGUGAUGGCAAGAUCGGAGUUGAUGAGUUUGCCGCCCUUGUAAAGGCAUAA